UCAAACAUUUAUUGUUAUAAAUGUGGGCGUGUUUUUUUUUAUAGAUAAAGCCUCACGAGGUCAGCAACAAUAAUCAGGAGACUUCUCAAAACAACUUGCUGCAAAAACGUUUCCCCUCUUAAUUCGCGUCUUUUUAUUAGUAUUUUCCUGUUUUAUCACGUGAAUUUAUUUAAUAAUUAUAAUUUAUCUUUUUCAAAAUAAUUUUUAACAUCAACUUACGUUAAGAUUGAAUGACGGAUGUUUAUAUUGAUGUACAGAUGAUUAUUUAAUUAAUCACACUAAUCAGAUACUUUUUACUGAUUUACAAGAUAAUCGUAGAUAUUCAUCAUGUUAAAACAAAACGCGCAAAAUUAAUAAAUUUUAUUUUUAUUCCUUUACGAUCAAAGUAUAAGAGACUUAAACGUGUAAAUUGUGCAAAAUAUCUUUAAAGUACCGUUCACAGAAAUGAGAGAAAAAAAAAAGAUUAUCUCGUUGAUUAGGAGGUGUUAAAUUUGAGAAAUAAGUGGCAAUUAAGAAAUUUGUUCAACGAAUUUGAGUUUGCGCCCCAUUUUUUUUACUUUUAGUGGGGGACGAUUUAAAAACCGAUUAACAGCGAGUUCUCUCAGUUAAAUUUAAGUAACUCUUCCAUCGCAGUCGCGUUCUAAAAACAAAUUAUAUCAAUGGAAAAACUUACGUAUUCCUCAUCCGACGAUAACGAAGAACUUGAAGAUGCUGAAUACAUUGAUCCAUAUUGUUGCGAGGAAAAGCCUCAAACCAUUACAUUUGAGGAUAUUACCUGCGCUUCUUAUGUUAUUAAACAUGGAAUUGUUGAAACACCUUGCAUAAAAUCUCACUUCUCAGAUAUAACUGGAAUGGAUAUUUAUUUGAAGAAGGAAUUUUUACAAUACACAGGAAGUUUUAAAGAAAGAGGAGCAAGAUAUACCCUUUUAAUGUUACCAGAAGAAAAGAGAAAACUUGGCGUAAUUUCUGCAUCUUUAGGAAAUCACGCCCAAGCUUUAAGUUACCACGGUUUUAAGCUUAAUAUUCCAGUAACCGUUGUGAUGCCAAUCGUAGCUCCAAUAAUGAAAAUAGAAAAAUGUCGAAGAUACAAUGCAAACGUUGUCGUUCAAGGUAAAAAUAUGGCUGAAUCAAAAAUAAUUGCAAUGAAAAUUGCCAAAGAAAAAGGAUAUACUUAUAUAAACGGUUACGAUCAUCCUCAUAUCAUGGCCGGACAAGGCACAAUUGGUUUAGAAAUUGUUGAACAAGUUAAAGAUAUUGAUGCCGUUGUUGUUCCCGUUGGAGGAGGUGGCUUAAUAGCUGGAAUUUCUUUAGCUAUUAAAACAUUAGCACCACAUGUUAAAAUUAUUGGUGUCGAAUCUGAGAGAUGCGCAAGCUUUUCAAAAGCUUUGGAAGUUGGAAAACCCGUCGAAGUUAAUAUUGGCGCAACUUUAGCUGAUGGUUUAGCUGUUCCAAUGGUUGGUUACAAUGCUUUUGCGACAGCUAAACCACUUAUUGAUAAAAUGAUUGUUGUACAAGAAAAAUGGAUAGCAAUAGCAAUUUUAAGAUUAAUUGAAUUAGAAAAAGUUGUUGUUGAAGGAGCUGGCGCUUGUGGAUUAGCAGCAAUUUUAGCUGGUCAAUUAGAUGAAUUAAAAGGAAAAAGGGUGGUUUUAAAUCUUUGCGGGGGAAAUAUAGAUACAACAAUUUUAGGAAGAUGUUUAGAAAGGGGAUUAGCUGCGGAUGGAAGAUUAUUAAAGUUCGUAGUAACCGUAAGCGAUAGACCUGGUGGAAUAAGUGAUUUGUGUAAAUUAAUCAGUUCAGUUGGAGUUUCAAUUAAAGACAUUUUACAUGAAAGAGCUUGGGUUACCUGCGAUGUGUUCAGUGUUGAAGUAAAGGUGGUUGUUGAAACGAUAGACGUUGACCAUGCGAUUCAGUUGAAGAAUCUUUUAACAUCUACAUACAAAAAAGUGCAUUUUGUUGAUUUUCCUGAACAUAUGAAUGGACUUAAUGGUAAUUUAAAGAUAUAGAAGAGUUUUUAAUUGUGUUUUAGUCUGUGUAAUAUUAAAAUAAAUAAAUCGAUGCUUAAAUUUU